AGUCAGCACUCUAUCAAGCUUUCACAUACACGUACAGCAACAUACAUGCACUUCAUUACUUAGGAUAUUUCCAAGUCCCAACUCAUUCAGGCCCAAUUUUGUGAACUUUCAUCCAGGAUUUAAUGUGGUAUUAGUGCCGAAGUUUUGUAUGCAAUUAUGCAGGGACUUUAACUCGCAUGAGGCGCCAGAGACACAUCAGAUAACAAAAAGGGGAGCACAGAAGCUGUUGCUGCCGCUGCCGAAACACGAGCAACCCUUGCCAGACUAACUGCAGAAGUAGCCGAAGCUAACCGAAUGGCGGCCGAAGCUGAAAACGCUGCCGCUGAAGCAAGAGCGAAAGCUGCCGAAGCCGCUGACGAAAUCACCGAAGCCAAAGACAACCUAGAAAGCAUCAAAGAGAGGGAGCAAGUCGAAGAGAAGGAUAAAGAAGAACAGACAUUGGCAAACGAUGCUAAAGAUGGAUCAGAUAAUAGUGUUGAAGAAGAGGGAAAUGAGAAGACAGCUGAAGCGGGGGAAUAUGACGAGAAUUUUGAAGAGGAAUCUGAUGAAGAUACUGAGAACAAAACUGACGACAAUAAUGAGAAUACGAAGAAAGAAUUAGAGGAAGAUGACGGGGAUAAAGCAGUAGGAGAAGAAAGACGAACGGAUGAACAAGAAGAGAAGGCAGACAAUAAUAAACGUGCAUUGACACCUCGAUUAUCAAUGAAAGAGAACCUAUUAGAAUGGCCAUAUCAUGUACUUCCCUUGAAAGUAAAUGGAGAGGAAGAGGUCGGAUGUGUUAUUCGCUUUAAAGAUGAUUUCUUCCCGCCCCCUUCAUCACUUCACCUCACCUGCCACCUACAUAACAACCUCAGUACUAACGCAAUGGAUGACAGCCAAGAAAUGGUUAGCAACGUAGUCAGACUACGCCAUGAAGACGACGAUGAUGACGAUGAGGUGCAUGACGAUCUCGGGGCUCCCAUCGUGGUAGCGAUACCGUAUACAGUAUCGGCAAGGAUGACGAGCACGAAAGAGUUCAUCGUCAAGAUGAGAGGAAGAAAUGAUGAAGAUUGGCAGACAGUUGCUACCCUGGCAACUGAAAGUACAUUUAUAGAACAAAAGGGUCCGUUUGCUGAAGUUAAGACCAACCGUCUUGCAUCAUUUGUAGUGGUUGCUAGGCUAGCAAGAGAUAAACAAACGGUUACUAAGAAAGGUGGAACCUUGAAAUCGUCUGCUGAUCAUCGAGUUACCAUCACGUAUCCUAUGGGAGCAUGCAGUCUCAUCAGUGUUACUUUAGAGGUUCAACCGGCUGAGAAUGUAGUAAGCGAGAUUAAAUCCCGUCUUCGCCACUGCUCAGAGCUUAUAACAGCCAGUCCUAUCAUUCACCUGACCCAUUCUACAAAAAAACACUUUGAGAAACCUGUUACACUAACCAUACCAUGUCCACCCAACCCUCACAAGAGCAAUGAUGCUCCUGGAGGAGCGGGGGAUUCUACUGGAUCAGCAGGAGGAUCUGGAGGAGGAGGAGGGGGAGGGAAGAAAGAGAAGUCUUCCAGCAAUAUGGACCCUCUACAUCCUGAGGGUGUGGUCGUCAUCAGAUCAACCAAGAGUAGUAUCUUCGGCGGUGAUCCUUCUCAGGACGCCCUCUAUCUGUUAGCCAAACAGGAGCAAACCUCACAAUGGAAUGAGCUAGAUGAUAUAACUAUCAAACAGAUAAAGAAAGACGUGGUAGCUAUAGAUUUCAAUGAACCGGUUAGUAGGUUGGUUAUCUUACGGGUUGCCCAGGAAGCUCGCUACCCUGUCAAGAGCAUCGCCAAUACCUUCGAACUUGCUCUUCAAAUUCGAUAUGCUAAACUGGUAUUCAUACCCAAGGAAGACGAGCCUCACCGAGCAGUGGUUACAUGUGUGCCUUCCAAACAGUUAGACAAUGUCCUCAGAAAGCUUCUUAAUGAUGGUUAUGACGGAUCACCCGAUCAUAGCGAUGAUAUACCAAUGACAGAGGGACAGGAAAUUACACUCAGGUUCAAUGGCAACGUUCAGAUGGUAGACCGAAAUGAAUUGAAAAUUAAUUUUCAUUCUAAUCGUCGGAUCUUUCACUUCAUCGAGUUGAAAGAAGUAAAUCGAUUUGGAAAUCACAGUUCACCCGAGUACCGAGGAUGUGCUGAGUUCUAUGGAAAGGCUCGCAUCACACUGGAAGACAUGGAAGACCCUGAGGAAACUAUGUUGAAAGAAGCAGAGGCGAAAGCAAAGGAGAAAAAGACAGAGAAGGAAAACAAACCGAUUUCAUUAAAAGAUGAGAAAAAGAUAAAGGAUAACAAGUCUUCAGAUCAAAGCAGUUUCUUCAAGAAUUCUCCUGAUUUACUCUGCAAGCUUCAUAUUGCUCUACCAAAGACUGAACCAGACCAACCGCUUCCUCCAAGCCGGUACAGGACUACGGCUAUAGAUGCAGGAGGUAUGGUGUGUAACUCCAACCUAAGAUGGUUAGCUAGUGAGCUUGGUAAUGAAUGGGAAUCAUUAGCUGGAUACCUAGGAUUGAAAAAGAAUCGUGUUCAGAGCAUCAAGAGAAACAAUCCUGACGCGCAAGAACAACAGAUCUUUGAUAUGUUAGUUACAUGGAGGAGUAGCUUACCCAAGGCCUACAACAAGGAUAGGAAGAUAUUAUCUUCAUUGACUCGCUGUGGGAGGUAUGAUCUUGGCGAAGAACUGCGAUAUCGAGAUAGCGAACCAGACAAUGAAUACGCAGAAGACUUUGAAGAUUAGGAAGAAUUAUAUUUGCUAUUUACAAAAUGUCAUCCUUUUGUCUCAUUCUUGAUAAUGAUCAAUGAAAUUACACAUAUUUGUAAUUCUA